CGCUGUGGACCAGAUCCUGAUGAGGUUUGUGUGGGUGAAUCCUCAUGUUAGCCUGGAGCUCACUUCAGGCUCAGGGUCGUGUUUUAUAAGGAAUGAGGCUGUCUCUUAGAGCAGAGGGAAAGCAGAGGAGGUGAAGAGAGGGAUUUAAGAAAGCUGCUACUUCCAACAGCAUUGUAACACCUGAAGAUGGAAAGUUGGUCGGUUGAUGAAGUCUGCAACUGGUUGACACAGAGAAAUCUAGGAGAACUAGUUCCUAAGUUUCGUGAAGAAGAAGUAAGUGGAGCAGCUCUUCUGGCUCUUAAUGAUCGUAUGGUGCAGCAGCUGGUGAAGAAGAUUGGGCACCAGGCAGUGCUGAUGGACCUGAUUAAUAAAUACCAGCAACAAAGAAGUGGGCUAGAACCCCUUGCACAUUCUUGUGAAACAACUUCUCCAAAAUUUCCAGAAGUAAUCUGUGGGGCUACAGACAAACAGAUGUUAAAUUCUUCUGGUCCUGUGGAGCAGAAAAAAUACCUGUGCUCAAGUGAAAGUGAAGAAGGACUUAUUGAUCACAGAGUACUAAAGCAAAAAAGAAAUCAGAAAUCAUUUUUUGCAAGAUACAAGACAUUGCAGUGGACAAGUUCUUAUGCUUUGCCAGACUUCCCUUACGAUGUCAAGUGCAUAUUGGCAGAAAAAAAAUGCCCUGAUCACAGUAUGAGAAUAAGGAUUAUUGAAUUUUUACAAGCAGACAUGACAAAAUACCUAGAAGGAUCACUGUAUCCGAACAGUCAGCAAUAUAACAUUGUUGUCAGUGCUCUGCUGCAGGCGUACCCGUUCCUUGAUGAAGAUGGGAAUGGCUUUUUACUGUGGAAACGGGCCCUUAAAGAUCGUUUCAAAUAUGUGCGGAGACCCAUUGAAGAUGAUGAGCAAGUCCUGAGGAACAAAUGCAAGUUUGGCCACAGGCGAGGACAGACCAGGAAAUCUUCAUUUGCUGAAAACAAACCUGAUGAUGUCCAGGUUCAGGGAGAGGAAGAACCUGUUCAUCUUGAAGGCAGUGCAAUGGAUAUACAUAUUAAGUGGCUUAAGCAAGAAUAUAUGAAAACUCAGAGGGACUGGAAAGAAGUGGAUAACAGAAUGAAUGUGACAAUAGAAAUACGGAGAAAGAUGAUCAGCGAUAAGGCACCUUUAAAAGACAUUCUUAGACUAUUUCCUUUCUUAAGAUGCCCUUAUCAGCUUUUUAGGGAGUUCCAGCUUCUCACACACAUGGAUAUUUAUAAGAAAACAGUUGAGAUUUUGGAGAUUUAUUCGGAAAACAUAUUAUCUUUGUAUGUGGUGAGGAAUAAUCCAAUUAACAUUAUGCUACAAGAAAAUCUGAAGCGGCACACAAAGGAAGAUAUUCUGAAAUAUAUGAAAAUGACUGCUGCGUGUUUACUUCUGCCAGAUGUCUUUGGAGAUGAUUCCAGUCUGUUCGCUGCAGUGAAUGAGGAGGUAAAAGCAGUGACACCAGUGUUGGAAGUAAAAAAUCCCUUCAAUGUGAAUUCAUGUGAGUUUGCGCUAUACGUGGAAAGGGAACAGCUAGCCCAGCUUGAUGACUGCACCAUGGCCCUGGCCGCGCUGGUGGCUGCAUUUCAUGUGUUCGAUAUCCCGUGCCCAAAGAGAAUCCACAGGACGCUGAACUUCCUGGAGUCCCUGGUCUUUGAGGUACCAGUCACCUACAUGAUCUGGAAGGGGCACAGAGAGUUCUUGAAAUCUCGAGGAACUCCAGCCAAAGAACAGCCUAGCAAAAUCUGUGGGAAGAUGUAAAAAUCUCCCAGCUCUGCGCAACAGAAACGCUCUGCUUGUUCUCAGCUCUAAAGGCUGAGCAACUGCCCACCGCAGUGCUAAGAAGAGGGCUGCCAAAACUCUUGAUCCAACUCUCUCUCCUUGCAGAAGUAACAUUCUGGAACAGUCCUUGGUAUACAAGUAGCUAGGCUGUCUCUCAUUUAAAGUGCAUCUGGUUUACAUCUUACGUAUAUAUACCAAGUGCAAUGACUUUCCCUGACAAAUCCUUAGAAUAAUCCUCCAAGAAAGAAGGUUGCCUCACCUAAGUACCUGAUGGUGGGCACCUGCAGCCUGCUAAUGACCCAGUGAGAUGCGUGCAUUUUAUACCUAGGAUGUGCCAAUGCACCACUUGCAUUUAAGUAUCCUUUUCCUCUGUGCUUUGUCUUUCCCCCUAUGCCUUAUUCAUUUAUGAAUCAGAUUUUCCAACUAGGAAGUAGUGAUUGAAAUAAUUCUCCCACCAUUGGGAAACAAACCUGUGUUGAAUAUGAAGCCAGAGUAGCAGUCCUAGCUUUAGCAUACUGUUUUUCUCCGCUGUUGUGGUAACUAUACUGGAGACUGGCACAUGCAGACUUGAAUGAAUGUAUUUUCUUUUUUGCUAAUG